AUGUGGGGCGCUAGGGCCCAGAAAUCGGGCUCAGACCGGUCCGGGGCCUGUCUUCUGGCUUCUCUGCUCUGGCUGAGCUUCCUGCCUCAGCAGACCCGGGCCGCCAACAUCUCUAGCGCUGCAAAUAUCACAGCCGCCCAGACUGCGCUAUCCCUGUCGCAGGUAUGUGGCAAGAGCAAAUUCCAAGGGAAGAUCUUUGGUGGUCAGAAGGCAGGUUCUGAGCGGUGGCCGUGGCAGGCCAGUCUGCGCUUGUAUGGCUCGCACAUCUGUGGAGCAGUUCUCAUCGACAAAAACUGGGUAGCUGGCGCUGCCCACUGCUUUCAAAGGUCUCACAACCCAAAUGACUACCAGAUCCUGCUGGGCUACACCAAGCUGAGCAGUCCCACCAAGUACAGCCGGCAGCUGUCGGUGAACAAGCUGAUUGUUCACAAAGACUACGACAAAUUACACCGCCAGGGAAGUGACAUUGUCUUGAUGCAGCUGCAUUCGCCUGUGGAGUACAGCUCCCACAUCUUCCCAGCCUGUGUCCCGAAGAAAGAUAUACAAAUCCCCGAAAAUAAGGCCUGCUGGGCAACUGGCUGGGGGCAUCUCAGGGAGGAUGUGAGCCAUCCUUUGCCUGACGACCUCCAUGAAGUGCAGCUAACCCUCAUGGAAAACGACCUGUGUAAAUCAUUUUUCCCACCACCUCAGCCUGGCUCCACUAGCAGCUACUACAUAUACGAUGACAUGCUGUGUGCAGCUGACUAUGAGAUGACCAAAUCCAUCUGCGCCGGAGAUUCUGGGGGGCCCCUCGUCUGCUCUCUGAAUGGCUCCUGGUACGUGGUGGGGCUGACCAGCUGGAGCGCAUCAUGUGAGACCCCAAUCGCCACCCCCAGUGUCUUCACCAGGGUCUCAUACUUCAACAAGUGGAUUGACGAUAACAAGAAAUCAUCACCCAAUCCAAGUCCAGAGUGGUCCCAUAAGCCCCCUAACAAGACGCCAGGGGGUCAUAAGCCAUCACCCCCUGGGGGUGGUGAAAAUACUGAUGGCACUGUUAGCGAAAAUGAUGGCGUUGUUAUGAAGCCGGCGGUCUGCACAGCCCUGCUGUCUUCUCAGGUCCUCCUGCUACAGUUGGUUUAUUUCAGGACUCUCUGA